UUAGUUAAUUUCCUUACGUGUCAGAUGAAAGUUUAAUUAUGUAAUUUAUUUAAACAAAAAAACAACAAUAAGUUUGUUAGUUAUACGUUUAGCGAUAUGAUGAUUUAAUAGAUAGUUCUUUAGAUAGAUAUACUUGUUUGUGAUACAGUGAACAAAGUUCAUCACAUACUUGAGUUUUGAAAUAAAUUAGUACAAAAAGCCUCCAAGCUUGUAAGACUGUGCUUUAAAGGUUGAUUUAAAAGCGAUACCAAACUUUUAUUUAUUUCGUCAUCUUGUUUUCAUUUCCAGUUCCCGAUAUGGUUGAAAUGGCAAGGAUAACUGAAGAGAAAGAGCGCGUUCCGUGUCUGGGCGAAGGCGAGGCCGGGGGCGACGGAAUGGUGUCGCAGCAGCGGCGUUGCGUGGCGCUAGACGCGCUGCUUGCGUUCUGGGGUCUGGGCGCCUGGCUCGGCGUCAACGGGCUCUACGUGCAGCUGCCACUGCUCGUGCAGGCGUUGCCGGAGGGAUGGUCGCUGCCCUCGGCCAUGGCGCUCGCGGUGCAGCUAGCCAACGUGGGCCUGCUGGCGUACGCGGCGCUGCGCCGCCUGCUGCCGCGCGCGCCCGACGCUACCUACAUAUACGGCCUCCUUACCAUCGGCACCCUCGCACUCCUUCUCAACUCGUUCCUGUACACCGCCACGACGCCCCUCGCCGGCGCCGACCGCUCCGUUGCCUUUCUUACGCUCACGUUUUUCGCGGCGCUGGUCGGUUGCACCAGCUCCGUCCUCUUCUACCCGUACCUGCGGCAUUUCCGCGAGGUGUACCUCGCGACGUACCUAGCCGGCGAGGGGCUGAGCGGCUUCAUCCCGAGCAUUCUAGCGCUGGUGCAGGGCGUAGGCGGCGAGCCGGAGUGCGUGCCGAGCACUGACGCCGCCACGCUGAUUCCCGUGCAUCCUCCGGCGCGUUUUGACACCUCAGCCUUCCUGCUGAUGCUCGCCGGGCUGUCGGCCCUGAGUCUCGUCAGCUUUGUGGGCCUGCACAACCUGAGGGCGUUCGACUCGGAGCGCGUACCGCAGGCGGCGGUCGCCAAGGAGGAGGAGGCGGAGGCGCCUCGGGGCUCACGGGCGCUGUGGGCCGCCGUGAUGUCGCUCACGCUAGUGCUGAACGCGCUCUCGAACGGCGUGCUGCCCUCGGUGCAAUCGUAUUCGUGCAUGCCGUACGGGGUGCGCGCGUACCAUCUGGCGACGUCGCUGGCCGCGAUGGCCAACCCGGCGGCGUGCCUGGCGGGCGUAUGGCUGCGCCCGGCGAGCGCGCGACUGCUGGCCGCGGUGCUGGCGGUCGCCGCGGUGCCCCUGGCGUACCUGCUGGCCGCGGCGCUGCUCAGCCCCGCACCGCCGCUCCACCGCCAUCCGGCGGGCGAGGUCUUAAUCGUGGUGUCGUGGGUGUGGGCGGCGGCGAGCGUGUCGUACGCGCGGCUGUGGGUAUGCGCGUGGGCGCGGCGCGGCGGGGCGCAGGGCAUGCGGCUGUGCGGCGCCGCCACGCAGCUGGGCUCCGCGCUCGGCUCGCUGCUGCUCUUCGUGCUCGUCACCCGCACCGCGCUCUUCACGCAGCCCGCGCCCUGCCCCACCCCUUCUCUGCUCUCCAACAGGAGCUCGCUGCGAGCCGACCUCCUCUCUUAUCCCAGUACUUAAAACUUUAAUUAGUGCAAUUUCGACGCUUUCUAUAGGUUAGUGGUUGUUAGUGUUUUUUGUGUGGCUGCAUUAUUGUAAGAGUGGUGUGCAGAGCCGGGUGCGAUGUGCUCAUCUUUUAGAAAACAUUGUAUAGUCGUAGUUAUUUGUAACAAAAUAUACAAGUGAUAUUUAAGUGAGGAAUCGAGUGAGUGAGUGACUGAGCUGUGUACAGAACGUCAAUAGCUGUGAAUAUUUACUUAAUUUAUUAUAAAAAAUCGCUGUUCUGUUUUGUGUAAAUAAAAUUUUAAUAAAAAAGUUGACUAUGUACUAUAAAGCUUUAAAUUAGAUAUUUAUGUUUCUACUCGAAAAUUUAUUAAAAAAAAACCUGUACAUUAGAGGUUUAUAUUGUGACGUAAGUUAGCGGUAGAUCUGCUGUGAUACUGUUUGUCCGGUCUGGUGAACAUUGUGAGAACAUGUCGCGCUGCAGCGACCGGCGCCUUUUCCUUGUCAUCAUGCGAGGAGGAAGCCGCUCUGAUGUGCAUCUUAUAAUGUUCGCUUUUGUGUACAUUGUAUUGUAACAAUUUCAUUGUAUUCAUAUAAAUAAUGACUACUUAAUUUAAAUGUCAGCUGUCAGUAACUCAGCGGGAAAUAACAAUGAAUGUCAAUAAAUAUUCAUGA